CGAAGAGGUGGCAGAGAUCCUGCUGUCUGGCCUGCCUCAGGAAUACGAUGUAUUGGUAUCCAGCCUUGAGACGGCGUGUCUCACUAAUACUUUAAGCUCGGAUGUAGUCCGCAUGAGACUCUUGCAAGAGGAACACCGAAGAAACUCUGAGACGGCGUCUUCUGCGUACACCGCGACCAGCAACUGGAAGAAGAGGGAGGUGACCUGCACUUUUUGUAAGAAGCAAGGGCAUGUGGCGAAGCGCUGCUUUAAGAGGAAACGUGAACAGAAUAGCAGCUUUGAGACGCAAGGACAUACUAUGUUAGCUACUGCGUUCUCGGCUAUUACUACAGCUUCGGACCUCAUUGGAAGUGAAGAUUCUCGCCACAAUGAUGGAAACCUCGCUGCAGAUGGUGAAGAAUGUGACUGCAUUGCUUCUGUGGCCAACGGCCAACACAUUUGUAGUGAAUAUAUGGGAAGAAAAUAACAAUAGCCUGUGCAGCUGUGUCUCUUGUCUGGCGGGUGAGAUGAAUAAGUCAUCUCUGCCUGUGACAAGUCCAAGACGUGCUGCUUUACCACUGGAACAGACCCAUUCCGAUGCUGCUGGACCAAUGCAAGACACUAUGUUGGGCGGAGCCUGCUUCUUGCUAAAGUUGACUGACCAUAUGAGGAAAAGUUUUGGCUACCUUAUGAAGUCUGAAAAGGAGAUAAGCAGAUAACACCACCACCGUGGUCACCACCGACUGAUCAGUACUGUACAUGCGCAGAUAGUGCUUCCGACAACGGUGAUGAACAGACUUCUCUGCCCGAGCCGGAAGCUACGUGUCAAGGAGGAGGAUCGACUAUGCCAUCAGCUGAUGACGCGUCAUGCUCUCAACGCCCCGUACGUAGUACCAGAGUCCAAAUGUUACAGAAACUGGAUCAUUAUGACAUUUAUGACUUUGCUAUGCUAGCAGAGGCCAGUUCUAGUUCACUAGACGAUCCUGAUUCCUGCGAGGAGGCCACGUCUUCACCAACAAGGGUGGAGCAAAGUGAUAAAACGUGAGUAUCAUGCUCUUCUAAGAAACCACUGUGUAGGGAUUAGUUGAUCGUCCCAAAGAAAGCUAGUGUCAUUAAGUUUUUUUUAAAUGAAAAUAUGAUAGCGCAGGUAAAUUUAAAUAAAUAUGAAGCGAGACUAAGUUGCCCAUGGUUUUACCUAAAAACAGGGAAAAUUAAUUACUCUGAUAGCUUCUUUUAUCUGUACUGUGUGUGGUUAAUCAUUACUGUGGUUAGACACUUGAUAUCAAUAAAUAACUAGUCUCAGACUUGGAAUGUUAAAAUUCAUAUUUUGUGCUAAUGGGUAGAAACAAGGUAAAUUUGAGCCCUGUAUUCAUGUGAAAGGAACCGUGUUCAUGUAAUACUUGCCUUACAUGUUGAUAAGUUUUAUGUUCUCCUUAAUAGCUGUAUAAAUAGUGAUUUGGAAAGUUCGGAACAGUAUUUGUAAAUUCAACAUUUAGGUCAAUUUAAAUGUUUAACUGCUUAGGCAUAAAUAUUACUAACAAAGGGGUUCUUUCAUUUUAGAUCAAUCAGACUAUGUGAAGCAUUUAUUGGCUAAGUUUAACAUGAUCGAGUUUAAGCCGUUAAUUACUCCUAUGGCUAUGAACUCUAAUCUAAGCUUGAUAAGUGUGACAAGUGUUUAGAUGGGUAAAUAAGUAUGAAUAAUUGUUAUAUUAUUUAUAAUGUACUUAUUAGUCUAUUAGUCUGUACUUGUCUUUAUAUCGUAGGCUUGUAGUCAACUAGGCCAAUAUAACACUUGCUUUGGUAUGGAUCAUUGGCAUGCUGCUAAUUGUGUAUUAAAUUAUACCUAGCAGGUACAAUAAAUUACAAACUUUAUUUUUGUAAAGGAGGUGAUUUAAAUAUAUGUGCCUUAUUCAGUCGCAGAUUAUGCCAGGGAUUUAUAUGAUAGUGAGUUUUAAACAUGUUUUGUCAUUAAAAUGAGUGGCAAUGUUGUUUACUAGGAAGCUAGCAGACAAUGUUGCGUAACUUUGUCGAGUAUAGGUUUAAAUAUUUGGCAAUCUAUGAUGUAGAAUGUUUUGUCCAAAAUUUCAUGACAGAAAUUGU